CCUGAACAGUUAAAGUUAGUACCAGAAAAUGAUCAGCAGCGAGUGGGAGAGGAGUCGGAAUGAUCUUUAAGAAUCAGCAGUGUUUGAAGGGUGAAGGCGUCAUGAUUUCCAGAACAUCAGGAAAUAUCACAGCAGCAGUGAUCCUCAUAUUACUGACAGGAGUUCAGGCUCAGCACAGUGUAACUCUCUCCUCUCAGAGUCUCUGUGCUGUUACUGGAUCUACAGUAAAAAUCUCCUGUAAAUAUACAACAGCUGAUUCCUCCAGAGUCAGAGAGAGAGAGUGGUAUCAGCUCCAGAGCUCUGAUGGAGAAGAACGAGUCUUGACUAAAGAUCCUCAAUACUCAGCACGAGUUUCUGUAAGUACAUGGUGGAAUGACUGUGAUCUGACAGUGAGGGAUGUGAGAGUGAGAGACUCUGGAGUUUAUAACUUCAGAUUUAGAACAUCAAGCAGUGACUGGAUAUCAGCUUCAUCUGGAGUUAAUCUGACUGUUACAGAGUUGCAGGUGAAGGUGGAUCGUGAGACUGCAGGAGAGAGAAAGGUGAAAGUGAUCUGUAGCUCCACCUGCAGCCUUGAUGCAAAUCUUAACUAUGACUGGUACAGAAAUGAAGUAUACAAGGCCUAUACAGAUGAUGCCUUUAUUGUGCUGGACUCCACCAGGUCAUCUGAUGAGGGCAGCUACUCCUGUCAGGUAGAAGACAGCAGCGGUAAACGGCACCACUCUCCUUCAGUGUGUGUUCUGGGUAAAGAGUGUUGGGGUGUGACUUACACUCCUGAAUGUGUGUGUGCUCUGAAAGGAUCAUCAGUUGAUCUCUCCUGCUCUUAUAACCCUGGAGGACAAACAGUGACUAAAUCAGUGUGGUUCAUUAAAGAGCAGGCUGGUGCUGAGCCUGUGGAUGUGAGAGAGGAUGAGGAGUAUCAGGGACGAGUGCAGUACAGACAGAGCUCCCAGAAUGACUUUCUGAAGGUUACAGUGUCAGACACAGACAGUGGAGGAAAGAAACUGAUGUGUAGCAGCACCUGCACUCUGCCAGACAACCUCACUUACAUCUGGUACAAGAACGGACAACUUGUGAUUCACUGCAAAUCUGCUUCCUGCUCUGUAGCUGUGGUCAGUGGUGCGGUCAGCUACAGCUGUGCUGUUGAAGGUCAUGAGAGCCUCGUCUCUCCUCCAGUGUACUCUCCUAGAAACACCAGAGCAGUGGUAGUUUCCUCUGGAGAGAGAGUGGAGGGAGAAUCAGUGACUCUGAGCUGCAGCAGUGAUGCAGACCCUCCUGUUCUCAUCUACUCCUGGUUUAAGCAGAGAGCAGCUGCAGACGCACCACUGACAACAGGCCAGAAUUACACCAUCACCAACAUCAGCUCCCAGCACAGUGGACUCUACUACUGCACUGCUCACAACCAGCUAGGACUGCACAGCUCAACACCCACCCGUCUGGAUGUGUUACACUCAGCUGAGUUGUGGAAGCUGAAUGCUGUUUGGGGAGCUGUUGGAGUCGUUCCUGUUCUGGCUCUCUCUCUUCUUACUGCCGUUCUGUGCAUUAAGAGGAAGAGAGGAGCAGAGAGAGACUCAGAUAUUCAGACUCCAGAUCCUGCAGACCACACAUACACAGCUCUGAAUCCCACCAUCAUGACCUCAGAUCAUGACACUCUACAAAUCUACUCAGGCAGCAGCUGCAGAAGCGAGAGAAGAGAAAGAGGAAGAUGAAGAGGGGCUUUUCUGAUGAAGGUCACUCCACCUCUGAUAAAGAGGCCACAGUGAAACCUCUACAUACUCGACCUUGAACUGACUCCACUAUGAUGCCAUAGUUUCAUCUGAAGAUGAUCUUUUCUGCUCUGAAGAGAUUCUGGACCUGCUGGAGACGAUGACCGAUAUCUGAGCAACACCUGC